AAAUCACUAGUUGAUUUAAAUCUUGUCUAAUCGUGGUGACCACCACACUGAGAUGACAGUCUAGACCUGACACAUCUCAUGCCGGCAUGUGCAAUAAGCAUCUCAUCAGUCUAGACCUCGGCAUGUACAAUAAGCAUCUCAGCAUGUGCAAUUAAUAUGUAGAUCGUAUCGUGCCGUAACAAAAUAAUACGAAUCGUAUCAGAGUGUCGAUUUAGCCAUCUAUAAAUAAUCGACCGGUUAGAAUCUCCUCCCCCCAUCGCGGGCUCAGAUAGCACCGCACAGCUGAGGUGCAGUUUAUACUAGCAGCAAUAUCAUGGAUUCUGAGGUAGUGCAUGUGGUAGAGUCGUCGCUUGUAGUGCCGAGCGAGCCGACACCGUCGGAGGGGCUCUCGCUCUCUCCGCUGGACCUCGUUCUGCCCAGCAGAGGCCACACCCCAACAGUCUACCUGUACAGCCCCAGCGAUGUUGCCGCCGCCGAUGGUUUCUUCGACGUGGCCAGGCUCAAGGAGGCUAUGGCCAAGACCUUGGUGGCCUUCUACCCCCUCGCUGGCCGCCUCGGCGUCAACAACGAUGGCAGGGUAGAGAUCACCUGCACCGGCGAGGGCGCACUCUUUGUGGUCGCUCAUGCUGACCUCAGUGUUGGUGACAUCGAGGACGACUUCAGGCCGUCGCCGGAGCUGAGGAGGCUGUUUGUUCCAUGCAUUGAGCCAGCAUCCAUCAUAUUGGCCAUACAGGUGACUUUCCUCAAGUUCGGAGGUGUGGUGCUAGGGACGGCUCUCCACCACACCGCCAGCGAUGCCUCAAGCGCGUUCCACUUCUUCCAGACGUGGUCAGCCUUGUGCAAGUAUGGCGACCGCGCGACCGUGGAGCUCCCGUGCCACGACCGCACACUCCUCCGUGCACGGUCCCCACCUACCGUCCACCCGGACGCCCUCUCGAGGUUCUACCCAAAGCUCACCUUCUCCGACGACCCGUUAGGAUCAGGACCCCUUGCCGUUGAAGUAUUUGCCAUUUCCAAGGAUCAGGUCGCCUCCUUAAAGCGCCUCUGUGGCGGCACAAGCACGUUUUGCGCCAUGAGCGCCCUCGUAUGGCAGUGCACUCUCAUUGCACGUCGGCUUCCACCCGAUUCCGAAACACGCCUCAUCUUCCCAGCCAACGUCCGCGGCAGAAUGAGACCGCCUCUCCCGAACCGCUACUUCGGCAACGCGUUGAUCAGGCUGGGCGUCACUGGUGCGGUUCAGGACAUUGCUUCGGAGGCUUUGGUAUCUGUCGCCGGCCGCAUCAAAGACACCAUCGAUCGGAUGGACGACGAGCUCGUGCGUUCUGCGGUCGACUACUGUGAGAUGGCCGAGAUGGACAGCCGGCCUGUAAAGGGCACCUUGCUAGAGACGGAGCUGAUGCUUAUUAGCUGGCUGGGCAUGCCAAUGUACGACACGGAUUUCGGAUGGGGGAAGCCAGCGGUGAUGUCGCGGGCGGAGUCCAUCCGUGGCGGCUUUGUGUACAUAAUUGACGACGGGCCAACAAACGGCGUCGGCAGCGGCAGCGGCGGCGUCCGCGUGCUCAUGUGUAUGGAAGCCGCAAAUAUGAAGGAGCUGGAGCGGCUGCUUUACGCAAAACUCUAGACUAGAGCCUGGACCUGCUAGGUGCUUGUGAUGUGGAACGAAACGCUUUGGUAACAAUAAAGGGCCCGAGACGUUACAAAGCCUGUAUCUGGACGGCCGGCCUGCUUUUUGUUUGCUCGCAGGAAACCUUCUCUACUCUUUAAAUUUUAUUUUUUAUGUGUCUCAAAAACAUAUCAUAAAAAAAUUUAUUUUUUAUGAUAUGAAAUUCCACCACCAACUGAUCUACAUCAUAUAUAUGUAUGAUGGAGAAGAUCCAUCAAUACGGCUGGUGAAGUUUAAAUAACAGAGGUUUCUAAUCGGACCAAUAAUAUAUUGCUGUUAACUUUUUAUAUAUUACUUCCUCUGUUUCUUUA